UGCCGGCACUGGGGGCAACCGGGUGGAGCUUCUGGUUUUCGGCUAUGCCUGCAAGUUGUUCCGCGACGACGAGCGGGCUUUGGCCCAGGAACAGGGACAGCACCUCAUCCCCUGGAUGGGGGACCACAAGAUCCUCAUCGACAGGUCGGUUCCUCCCCCCACCCGUCGACCCUCCCCUCCCUCGCCCGCUUGAUUUCGCCUGAUGUUGACUUGAUGGCCAGGACCGAAAAGGGGGUUUUGCGGAGCCCGGGGACCCGGGGGGCUCCCUGCCCCACGUUCCCCGGCAUCCGGGGGGAGGGGACGGUGAAACCGGCCCUAAGGCUCCGGGCAGAGCUGGCGCCGCGCCGUCGCCGGAGGGAUCGACUCCUGCUCCCGCAACCCCUCGAGCCCGGGCUGCCGCUAGCGACUCAGCGCGGUGGAAGCUGCCCGGGCCUCCCGCCCGCGCCGUGGGGCGGGUGCCGCUGUCCCUCCGCUCGCUGUGCGGGAGGGAGCCCGGGAGUGCGCUUUUGUUCCUCCGAAGCGCCGCACGCCAAGGCCGUGGGUAGAAGCUUCUUUUGGACCCCGUGAGUUAGCCUGAACCGUCUCUGGCCGGCUUGACUUUUGGCGUCCGGCGAGCCCCUCCCCGCGGUUACUCGACCAUUUGACCCACCGCGGUAGUUGGUGAAGUUGCCGUCUGUUGGAGGCCGGUCGACCCCGUGCGGACCUUGCUCUUAGGGGUAGCGUUCUUAGAGCUGGUUUCACUGUUUCCUAAAAUUGAAGGGUGGAGCUGGGUUACCUUUGUGUUGUUUCUUUUCAAAUCACACCCACUUAAGGGUGCCCUGAGUUGAGGGUAAAGGGGUGGGGCUGUGGAUCUCUAAACGGUGUUUGAUUUGAAAAGGAUGGCAUUACAUGAUGUGGGUGGUUUGCUCCCCACCUCUCUUCUCAUUUUUCUCAGUCCCCUUCUCCUUCCCCACCAUCCUGGGUUUGGGUAUUUGACCUUCCAUUGGGUAAUAUGGCUUCUGAGGCCAGGACUCAAAGGCUAAGUGACCAACCAUUAAGCUGUGGAGUGGUUUUCCCCGAGUGAAGGAAACCCAUCGUUUGAGACAAAUAAAACUGGAUUCUGCGAGGACAUGGAACAUGCAUGACUGUUCAUGUAGGGAUGACCUCUGAGCUGGCCAGAACGGACACAUUAAUGACCAGUAGGCCUUUCCAGUCCCUUCCAACUGUGUUUGGGGACAGAUCUAGGAAAAAAGGACUCACGAAGGGAGUGUUGCAGAUCUGAUGGUCCACUCUGCUGGAAUGUGCUAUGCCUUGAACCUCGCUUGGUGGCAAGAGCUGUUGCUUCCCAGGCACUCACCGUGAUGUGUGCUGUUACAGUGGGGCAGAUGCUGAAGCCGCCACUCCAUAUGCAGUUUCUUUCCAUUACCAUUCUGUGCAUGAGUUAAGUUAGAUCUCCCAGAACCGGUGGGGAGCAAACACCACACAUAGAUAUGUGUAAUAUUUGAAAGUAAUACAUUUGUAAGUUAAGGAGGUUUACAUCAAAGUAAAGCAAAAUUUGAAAGUUAAUAAAAAUGCAACCAUUGGGGUUCCCAGGAAUUUUUGGCCUUUUUCCUGUGGCGCACAUUUUCCUUCCUUAAUUUGGUCUCCAUUACAAAAGUCGACGUUAAUAAAUCAUGCAAACUUUUGUUUGUUGUCCCACAUUCACUUUUGCAACCUAAAUUUGAGUCUCAAACGUCACUAACCCAUUAUUGUCUGGCAGUUGUACAUUGACAGCAUCUGUAUUGGAUCUUAUGUUCAAACAUAGCAGAAAGUGCUCUUUUUAUUCCUAAUUUGGUCUUCUUUGAUGUGUCUUCAUUGUGGGAUUUAAAGUUUAAGAUGCUGCGCCUUCUGGUGGUUUUGCAGUGUUUGCCGUGAACCUCCUUAAACUGCAUGUAUAUGUCACUGUUCCUUUGUAUGUGUGUCUCUCUACCACAUAACCCAGCACUUCUUUCCUCAGCCAAGUGGCUAGGGGCGAGCCUAGCCAAGAUUUUACCUCCAAUGGACGCAAGUUUCUUUGGUGAAGAUCUCUCCUGAGAGUUCGGGACUAGCAGGAAGAAGCGAGGAAAUUUCGCCCGUUUGGUUCUGUCGGAUAGAUACGACGGGCGUGGUCACCUGCAUGACCUCUCUGCGUACGAUGCUGAGUACGCCACGUGGAACCGAGACUACCAGCUGUCUGAAGAGGAGGCGCGGGUAGAGGCGCUGUGUGAUGAGGAGAGAGGAAGAAUACAAAAGAUUGAGCGAAGCUCUGGCAGAGGAUGGGAACUACAGUGCCGUAGGGUUCACUUACGGCAGUGACUAUUACGACCCAUCAGAGCCCACGGAAGAGGAGGAGCCUUCGAGACAGAGAGAAAAAAAUGAGACUGAAAACUUGGACGAAAAUGAAGAGCCUUUCAUUGCCCCAUUAGGAUUAAGUGUCCCGUCUGACGUGGAGCUGCCACCAACAGCCAAAAUGCAUGCCAUCAUCGAGCGCACAGCCAACUUCGUGUGCAAACAGGGAGCACAGUUUGAGAUAAUGCUGAAGGCCAAGCAAGCACGAAACUCGCAGUUCGAUUUCCUGCGAUUUGAUCACUACCUCAACCCCUACUACAAAUUCAUCCAGAAAGCCAUGAAGGAAGGACGGUACACGGUGCUGGCAGAAAACAAGAAUGAGGAGAAGAAAAAGUUGGGGACGACCUCUGACAAUGAAGAUGAAGAUGAGGAGGAGGAUGGGAGUUACCUACACCCGUCUCUCUUUGCUUCCAAGAAGAGCAGCCGCCUGGAAGAGCUGAUGAAGCCCUUGAAGGUGGUGGACCCAGAUCAUCCUCUAGCAGCCCUUGUCCGUAAAGCACAGGCUGACAGCUCUGCUCCAGCCGCACCCACUGCAGAUGGCACACCUGCGCAGCCCUCCCAGGUGGAGUACACAGCAGACUCAACUGUGGCAGCCAUGUACUACAGCUACUACAUGUUGCCAGAUGGCACCUACUGCCUGGCACCACCCCCACCUGGGAUCGAUGUGACUACUUACUACAGCACUCUUCCUGCUGGAGUGACCGUGUCCAACUCACCUGGUGUGACUACCACUGUACCACCACCUCCUGGGACCACACCUCCACCACCCCCAACCACAGCUGAAACAAGCAGUGGGGUUACCUCCACAACCACCACCACAAGUGCGCUUGCUCCCGUGGCCAUCAUACCCCCGCCCCCUGACAUCCAGCCUGUGAUCGACAAGCUGGCAGAGUACGUCGCUAGGAACGGCCUUAAGUUUGAGACCAGUGUUCGAGCCAAGAAUGAUCAAAGAUUUGAGUUCCUUCAGCCCUGGCACCAGUACAACGCCUACUAUGAGUUUAAGAAGCAAUUCUUCCUGCAAAAGGAAGGAGGCAGUAGCACACAGGUAGCAUCCACGGCUGAAGAGGCUUCCACAGAAACUGCUGCUGAAGAGUCGAGUGAAGCGGGGGAGGACGGCACUGCUGAGGGUAUGGCAGAGACUGGGGGAAGAGGCAGCGGGAAGAAGGAGGCUGGGUCCAGCAAGAGCACCGUGGACGGGAAGCUGGUAAAAGCAGCUUCAUUUGCUCCAAUAAGCUUUGCCAUCAAGGCCAAAGAAAAUGACCUACUUCCUCUGGAAAAAAACCGAGUCAAGUUGGAUGAUGAUAGUGAAGAAGAUGAAGAAAGCAGGGAAUGCCAGGAAAGCACAAACAGCGUGGCCAACCCCAGCCCAGCCGCAGCCCCACCCUGUGUGGUCGUGGAGGAGAAGAAGCCCCAGCUCACCCAGGAGGAGCUAGAAGCAAAGCAAGCAAAACAAAAGCUGGAGGACCGCCUUGCUGCUGCUGCACGGGAAAAGCUGGCCCAGGCAUCCAAGGAAUCAAAGGAGAAGCAGCUCCAGGCUGAACGUAAAAGGAAAGCAGCUUUGUUUUUACAAACCUUAAAAAAUCCUCUUCCAGAAACAGAAGUUGGAAAACUUGAGGAGAGUGCGUUCAGUGUAGAGGAAACCGGUGUCAUGCCCUGUCCUCUGCUGGUUGGAGGUAGAACUCUGCCCAUGUUAGAAGUGAAGCCUCCAGAAAGGCCUUCAAGCAGAUGUAGAGACCCACCAAGAGAAGAAGAAAGAGAAAAGAAGAAGAAGAAGCACAAAAAACGGUCUCGAACGAGGUCCCGCUCCCCCAAGUACCACUCGUCUUCCAAGCCCAGGUCUAGAUCCCACUCAAAAGCCAAGCACUCCCUGCCCAGUGCCUACCGGACAGUGCGGCGGUCGAGGUCACGCUCUCGGUCCCCAAGAAGGAGAGCACACUCUCCUGAGAGACGACGGGAAGACAGAAGUGUCCCUACUGCCUACCGGAUGAGUGGUAGCCCUGGAGCCAGCAGGAAACGAACCCGUUCCAGAAGUCCCCACGAGAAGAAGAAGAAGCGGAGAUCACGGUCGCGCACCAAGGCCAAAGCCCGCUCCCAGUCAACGUCCCCGAGCAAACAGGCAGCACAGCGUCCCUCUGCGCACUCAGCCCAUUCGGCCAGCAUCUCUCCUGUGGAGAGCCGAGGUUCUUCCCAGGAACGCUCCAGGGGGGUUUCUCAGGAAAAAGAUGGCCAGAUCUCCUCAGCAAUCGUUUCCUCUGUGCAGAGCAAAAUAACUCAGGAUCUCAUGGCCAAAGUAAGAGCAAUGCUCGCAGCUUCAAAAAACCUGCAGACCAGUGCAUCCUGAGACGGCAGCCACGGAGCCGGCCCCAAGCAGAGCAUCGUGUGCAGCUGUGGCCACAGGUGCUGGGCUUCAGCUCAGAGCACCCACAGCCCAGCCAGAAGCUGAGCUGCAAGCUCUGUGCCGACCUACACACGGCCCUCCAGGUUCUCCAGCCCGACUCCCUGGGUCAGUCGGUGGCUUUUGUAAAUUUUUGGUGAUAUUUUCAGUUUCAAAUUUUUGACCAGCAGUCUCUUACCUGUAUAUUUGUAAAUAUAUCAUGUUUCUGUGAAAAUGUAUUAUCAAAUAAAGCGGGAGGAAACACCUUUUCUAGCUAGCA